AUGUCCGCCACGUGCUCCCCCACACGCGUUACCCACCUUCGCCGCUCGCGACACGGUAUGCAACCCAAUCAGCCCUCAACACCCGUUCGUGGUCGGAACCCGUCGCGGUAUCCGACCAAUCUCUCCGUAGGCGAGCCCGGUCGCGUCCCGCUUCACCGCCGUGGGACCUCCAAGACCUAUGAGACCAUGGAAGACCUGCUCAGAGAAAACGGCUACAAGGAGACAAGGGUCUUCACGCCGGAGGCAGAGCGCAUACAGGCACUCGCGGAUGAGCAGAAGAAGCAGCACUCCGGCUGGCGCAUCAAGGACCUCCUCACCGGGUGGAUCACCGGGGCCGAGGCGAACGAGUCUGCGAGCGAAGAGGUAGAUGGCAAUCGGCCUGAAAUGUCUCAAGGAUCCUCCACGCAUGCAAUUCCCGUGCGAUCCGCUUCCCCCGCCUCUCCUUUGGGUAACAAGCGCAGAGCACCACAGCAAUCACCGUCCUCUCCUGCCCACUCUGCCUCCAGCACGACUCUAUCUUCCAUGAUGAGCUCCAACUCGGACGGGCGCACGGUCAGCUACCAACACAUUCAACGACGGAUACACCACAACCUCCCUGACCUCCGCCAACAACCUUCUUCAAACAGUCUCCGGACAUAUGCGCAAGUAUCAGCCGCCCGUGGCUACCUCCGCCAUAUGGCCUCGGCACCGAACAUGCCCAAGCGGUCCGCGCCUCCUGCACGAGAGACUUCCAUUGCCCGGCUAUCUUCUCUCCUCAAUCCGCCAGAGCCUCCGAUGCCUCCUUCCUGGAUCGAGACGGUGGCUAAGGCAGUCAUGAAGUCAUCCGACGCCGGCGCGCAUAUCGGCGGACCACUCUCGCGUCCGGGCAGUCGGCAGUCUAUGCGUCCUCUGCGCACUGCGAAGGAGAACAAGCCGGCGCACGCACAGGGACGUAGCGUUUCGGGCCUUCCUCCCGGUUCGGCAUUCUACAUGCAGCGUCCACAGACGGCGCCCGGCGCCGUCAGUACCACACACGUGGUCUGCAGAUCAGCACCCGGGUCGCGAUCGGCCUCUCGAGUCGGAGAGCGUAACUCCGGCGCUGGUUCCCUACGUGGUGCUCAGCGGAAUUUCCAGGACAGAGGACGGCGCGGAUCAAAGGGAAAGCACGCAGACCGGGUGCCGUCCCUUGCGGCUAUGGAUGUGGAGAGUGACGCGUGGAACAUGCGAUGGGUCAAUGGGCAACGCGUUCCCCUCCUACUCGGACUGGACAGCCCUUCCCGCAGCGGCGGCGGCGACGACGACUAUGAUGAUGACGAUGAUGACGGCGAACUCGACCUCGCGCGUCUGCUUGUACCAGCUCGGCGACAAUAUUCGAUACAGAGCCUCCGCCGGCACUUGCAUCAUUCCCAGGUCCCUCACCCUGCAUCUCCUCCGACGGGUCCCUCAUGGGAAGAUGAGGAGGACGUCCCCGUCCGUGGCCGACACAGGAGGUCCGAGACCGAGGACGCGGACGGUUUUCCCCCUGGAUGGGGCCCAGCACCAAGUUUUGGGCGAGCAGACACCAAGCGCAGGCGAGCUCUCCCCGGCCCCUGGGCAGGGCUCGCGGGCGGUAGUGGCGGCGGCAGGUCAUAACACCAGUCGCAUUUGCGAGGUGGGCCGUGACCGCUGCAGCUGCUGUGCGCCUUUCGGACUCUGGUUUGAGGAUGGUCACGAUUACUCUGCGCGUCGCAUUAAUAUCCAGCGAUACACUAUAAUCACCCCCGGGUUCCUUUCCUACUCACAUGUAUUCCACCACAUCCGUCUCGCGUUCCUGCUUCAUCCAUCACAUCCGUUCACAGUACAAACAUCACGUCCGUUCAUUCAAGCCGCGUAUACAUAGACCCACUCUCCCUGUCCCCACCAUCCGGAAUUACCGCCUUAUUCUGUUAUUUAAUCCACCCGCGCUGCUCCCAGUAGGUUAAGGGUCCUUCAGUCGUCUAGACCGCGCUAAUUGUUCCCUGUCCCUGUUCC